CUUCUGGAAAAUACAAAGAAUCGCUGCUAUCGGCCAUCUCGUUGCCAGUGUCCUUUAAUUAAAAUAGGUUUCUUCCUCUCUCUCUCUCUCUCUCUCUCUCUCUCUCUCCCUUGUGUCGUGUGAGUUUCUCCAUGGCUCAACCUCAAAACCAAUUUCAACAACACUACCAACCUCAACAACAACAACACCAGCAACAAUCUAAGAACUUGAGAAAUUUGUACUCAAUCGACGGCCAGAUUUCGCCUCCCGUCGCCUAUUACAGCCCAGCUAAUUUGCAAGAUCACUCUCAGCAUCCUCCCUACAUACCAUCUCCUUUUCAUGUAGUGGGGUUUGCACCGGGUCCCGUUCCCGUGGCUGAUGGCAGUGAUGGGGGAGUUGAUUUGCAAUGGAAUUAUGGGCUGGAACCCAAGAGAAAGAAGUUGAAGGAGCAAGAUUUUUUGGAGAAUAAUUCACAAAUUUCAUCGGUUGAUUUCUUGCAAGCACGAUCGGUUUCAACUGGGUUAGGCUUAUCGCUUGACAAUACCCGUGUUUCAUCUUCUGGUGACUCCACUUUGAUUUCACUAAUUGGUGAUGAUAUUGACGGGGAAUUUCAGCGACAAGAUGCAGAAAUUGAUAGAUUCCUCAAAGUUCAGGGUGACCGAUUGCGGCAAACUAUCCUAGAGAAGGUUCGGGCUAACCAACUUCAAACUAUCUCACUUGUGGAAGAAAAAGUUCUUCAAAAGCUUCGUGAAAAAGAAGCAGAGGUAGAGAGCAUUAACAAGAGGAAUAUGGAACUUGAGGAACGAAUGGAACAAUUAUCUGUGGAAGCAGGUGCUUGGCAGCAACGUGCUAGAUAUAAUGAAAAUGUGAUAAAUGCCCUCAAGUUUAAUCUUCAACAAGUCUAUGCUCAAAGUAGAGAUAGUAAAGAAGGGUGUGGUGACAGUGAGGUGGAUGAUACGGCUUCAUGCUGUAAUGGCCGUGCCAUUGAUUUUCAUCUGCUUUCUAAGGAGAACAAUGACAUGAAAGAAUUGAUGACUUGUAAGGUUUGCAGAGUCAAUGAGGUCUGCAUGCUUCUGAUACCUUGUAAGCAUCUCUGCCUAUGUAAAGAUUGUGCAAGUAAGCUUAGUUUUUGUCCCUUGUGUCAGUCUAAGUAUGUUGCCAUGGAAGUCUACAUGUAAUGGGAAAUAUAUAUGAAAGCCCUAAUGUUAUGCUAAUAUUAUAUGCAUUGCUUAUGCCA